AAAUUAAUGGCAUAGAUUCCAAAGUGUGUUAGUUUUAUUUUUUGUCUUUAAGACAAGAUUCCUGCCCUGAGGAGUUUACAACACAAAUGGGACAGGGCUUAUUACUGACAAAAGCGAUCAGUUCCAACUACACGUUUUUCUGCAAAUUUUGUCCAACACACAUGACAUAUACUUUAACAUGGUGUUAAUGAUGAAUUCUCUCCCUUAUCCAAGCAUAUGGGUGUAACCUGCAGGGAAAGCUUCAGUGAUUACUAGAUUUUUUUUAAACAUAAUUUAAAUAAGUUGAAUACCAUAGCUCACUUUUGAAAUACAUCAACUGUACUGUGUUUUAUGAACUUCUGGGUGCAUAUUAGUGACUGUUUUUUAUGAAGGCACUUGAAUCAACAUUGAGAAACACAGCCGUUAGGGCAUGAUUCUUUGAUGUACUGACCGCUUCCUUGAGGUACUAAACACCCUCAUUUCUCAGCAACUUCAAUAGAGUUGAGAACAGCUACUUUCUGCAUGCCACUGAUGCUUCAAGGCAUCAGCCCUAAAACUUCUCACCCAUUCCCCAAAGCUAGUACUGUUUUUGCAUGAAAAAUCUUAAACAUUUUAAGAGAUAGGCAUUGUAGGCCCCCAGCAGGAACAGAGUUAAGCUACUUGCCUUUGAAUAAUAUGGUUCCAGUUAAACUGGUUUCUAACAGACUUUGAGAAGGGCCUACUGUUGCCAUGUUGAAGAACUGGCAAAUCCCUGUGCUAGCUUUGAAAGCUUCUUUUUAGUUUUAAAAUGCUUCUUUGAGACCCAGCUAUCCUGUAUUGGGUAAGUUAAGUUGCUAAGGCUGAUGCAAGACAUUUCCUCACUCCAGCAGCUGAGAGCUAGCCUCUCAGUCCUUGCUCCUGGGGAAACAUGGGACCUGAAAUCUGAUCUUUCCAAGAGCAGAGUAAGGAACAAGCCUGCUGGACUGUCUCUGUAGGUUUUUUCCCUCAAUGAAAGAGCUCGCUACAGCUGGCUUUAGGCACCUGCACUAACCAGGGGAACUUCUGCAGGCCAAGCAAUGUCAAUUCUGGGGGAUGGAACAGCUGAUCUGUUAAGUAUCUCUUAUUCUGUUAUGAGUCCUCAUCCCAUACACAGCAGCGAAUAACUGUGCACAACACACUCAGAUCAGCAUGCCACAAUCAGGUGCUGGGAUCUGUCCUCUCUACUGGAAAACCCCUCUUGGUAGUGAAGAUAAGAGGUGGGCUACGAUCCUCCAUUUUAUGCCAAUUCGCUGUGACCCUCGCUGUAAGGGCCACGCCACCCCAGCCCUGGAGCUGGGCCGAGGCGGCUGCCUGGGCACAUCUCCAGCUGUCUCCGCGGCGCGCACAGAAUAACCUUUUCCGUCUUGGAGCCCGAGGCGCGUCUUUCAAAUGACCCCCAGUCUAGUCCCAAAGCCCGCGCUGCCCAGUGGAAAUUAGCGACGUUGGCUGCGAGCGCCAGGGGAGCGAGUCAUGCGGCACGGCAGCCUCCCAGCGGCGCAGAUUUGCUGCAGCAGCGUUUCCCUCAUGUCCCAGAAAUCCUGGAUAGAAAACACUUUCACCAAGAGGGAAUGUGUGUAUAUUAUACCAAGUUCAAAGGAUCCUCACAGAUGCCUUCCAGGAUGUCAGAUUUGUCAACAACUUGUCAGGUGCUGCUGUGGUCGCUUGGUCAGGCAACAUGCUUGCUUUACUGCAAGUCUUGCCAUGAAAUAUACAGAUGUCAAACUGAGUGAAAAUUUUAAUCAAGAAAUAGAAGAUUGGUCAGUGGAAAAACACACAGAACAGAGUUCAACUGAUGCUUAUGGUGUCAUUAACUUUCAAGGUGGCUCUCAUUCGUGCAGAGCAAAGUAUGUGCGAUUGUCAUAUGACACUAAGCCUGAAGCCAUUCUACAACUUCUUCUUAAAGAAUGGCAAAUGGAGCUGCCCAGACUUGUUAUCUCUGUACAUGGGGGGAUGCAGAAAUUUGAACUUCAUCCACGCAUCAAACAAUUGCUUGGCAAAGGUCUUAUUAAAGCUGCAGUAACAACAGGUGCCUGGAUUAUAACUGGAGGAGUGAACACUGGUGUUGCAAAACAUGUUGGUGAUGCCCUGAGAGAACAUGCUUCCAGAUCAUCUCGAAAGAUUUGCACUAUUGGGAUAGCUCCAUGGGGAGUGAUUGAAAACAGAAAUGACCUUGUUGGAAGAGAUGUUGUUGCUCCAUAUCAAACUCUGUUAAACCCUCUAAGUAAACUAAAUGUCCUAAAUAAUCUCCAUUCCCAUUUCAUACUGGUGGAUGAUGGAACAGUUGGAAAGUAUGGAGCAGAAGUUAACUUGCGAAGAGAACUGGAAAAAACUAUCAAUUUGCAGCGGAUCCAUGCAAGAAUUGGCCAGGGUGUCCCUGUGGUAGCACUGAUAUUUGAAGGUGGUCCCAAUGUUAUCCUCACAGUUUUGGAAUACCUUCAAGAAAGUCCUCCUGUGCCAGUAGUAGUAUGUGAGGGAACUGGGAGAGCAGCAGACAUACUGGCAUAUGUUCAUAAGCAAACAGAAGAGGGAGGAAAUAUUCCUGAUGGAGCAGAACCUGAAAUCAUUUCAACCAUCAAAAAAACAUUUAACUUCGGUCAGAGUGAGGCAGUUCAUCUGUUUCAGACGUUGUUGGAAUGCAUGAAAAAAAAAGAACUUAUUACCGUAUUCCAUAUUGGGUCAGAUGAACAUCAAGAUAUUGAUGUUGCAAUACUUACAGCACUGCUAAAAGGUACAAAUGCUUCUGCAUUUGACCAGCUUGUCCUUACACUGGCGUGGGACCGAGUUGAUAUUGCCAAAAAUCAUGUUUUUGUUUAUGGACAACAAUGGCUGGUUGGAUCCCUGGAACAGGCUAUGUUAGAUGCCCUUGUGAUGGAUCGAGUUGCAUUUGUGAAACUUCUUAUUGAAAAUGGAGUAAGCAUGCACAAAUUCCUUACAAUUCCCAGGCUGGAAGAGCUUUACAACACAAAACAAGGCCCAACUAACCCAACACUCUUUCACCUUGUUCGGGAUGUCAAACAGGGAAACCUUCCUCCAGGAUAUAAAAUCAACCUGAUUGAUGUAGGGCUUGUUAUUGAAUAUUUGAUGGGAGGAACCUACAGAUGCACCUAUACGCGAAAACGCUUUAGAGUCAUAUACAACAGUCUCAGUGGGAACAGUCGGCGGUCUGGGCGUAAUCCGUCAAAUAAUACUCCUCAACUGCGUAAAAGCCAUGAGCCUUUUGGGAACAGAGCAGAUAAAAAAGAGAAAAUGCGACAUAAUCAUUUCAUCAAAACUGCACAGCCUUACAAACCAAAGAUUGAUACAAGUGCAGAAGAAGGAAAAAAGAAAAGAACCAAAGAUGAAGUUGUAGACAUUGAUGAUCCUGAAACUAGACGCUUUCCUUAUCCUCUUAAUGAACUCUUACUUUGGGCAGUGUUAAUGAAAAGACAGAAAAUGGCCCUCUUCUUCUGGCAGCAUGGUGAAGAGUCUAUGGCUAAAGCCUUAGUUGCCUGCAAGGUGUAUCGUUCAAUGGCACAUGAGGCAAAACAAAGUGACCUUGUUGAUGAUACCUCAGAAGAACUGAAACAGUACUCCAAUGAGUUUGGACAACUUGCUGUUGAACUGCUAGAACAGUCCUUCCGACAAGAUGAAACCAUGGCUAUGAAGUUAUUAACAUAUGAGCUGAAGAACUGGAGUAAUUCAACCUGUCUUAAGCUAGCAGUGUCUUCAAGACUCCGCCCAUUCGUAGCUCAUACUUGUACACAGAUGUUGUUGUCUGAUAUGUGGAUGGGAAGACUAAACAUGAGGAAGAAUUCAUGGUACAAGGUGAUACUGAGCAUCUUACUACCCCCUGCCAUACUAAUGCUGGAAUAUAAAACCAAGGCAGAAAUGUCCCAUAUUCCGCAAUCUCAAGAUGCACACCAGAUGACAAUGGAAGAUAGUGAAAAUAACUUCCAGAAUACAGCAGAAGAGAUACCUAUGGAAGUAUUUAAAGAAGUAAGGGUCUUGGAUAGUACUGAAGGAAAACAUGACAUGGAGAUGCCAACAAAACCUAAGCGACUUCCAAUUACACGAAAGUUUUAUGCAUUCUAUCAUGCGCCAAUUGUGAAGUUCUGGUUCAAUACGUUGGCAUACUUAGGAUUUCUGAUGCUUUACACAUUUGUAGUCCUUGUAAAAAUGGAAGAAAUACCAUCAGUUCAAGAAUGGAUUGUUAUAGCUUAUAUUUUUACGUCAGCUAUUGAGAAGAUUCGUGAGAUCUUUAUGUCAGAGGCUGGGAAAAUUAAUCAGAAGAUUAAAGUGUGGUUCAAUGAUUACUUCAAUAUCAGUGAUACAAUUGCCAUUGUUACUUUCUUCAUUGGGUUUGCACUAAGAUUUGGAGCAAAAGGGAACUUUGAUGACAAUACUUACAAAGAAAAUUAUGUUUUUGUUGCUGGAAGAAUAACAUACUGUCUAAAUAUUAUAUUUUGGUAUGUGAGAUUACUGGAUAUUCUAGCUGUAAAUCAACAGGCUGGCCCUUAUGUCAUGAUGAUUGGCAAAAUGGUGGCCAACAUGUUCUACAUUGUAGUGAUUAUGGCACUUGUACUGCUUAGUUUUGGUGUUCCCAGGAAGGCAAUACUCUAUCCUAAUGAAGCACCAUCUUGGACUCUUGCUAGAGAUAUUGUGUUUCAUCCAUACUGGAUGAUUUUUGGUGAAGUUUAUGCAUAUGAAAUUGAUGUAUGUGAAAAUGAUUCAUCAGUUAGCCGUCUCUGUGGACCUGGAACAUGGCUGACCCCAUUUCUUCAAGCUGUGUACCUCUUUGUACAGUACAUUAUUAUGGUUAAUCUCCUUAUUGCAUUUUUCAACAAUGUGUAUUUACAAGUAAAGGCAAUUUCAAACAUCGUAUGGAAGUAUCAGCGCUAUCAUUUCAUUAUGGCCUACCAUGAAAAACCUGUCCUGCCUCCACCUCUUAUUAUUCUUAGUCAUAUGGCUUCCUUAUGUUGUUGUAUCUGUAAAAGAAGAAAGAAAGACAAGACUUCAGAUGGACCAAAACUCUUCCUAACAGAAGAAGACCAAAAGAAACUUCAUGACUUUGAAGAGUUGUGUGUUGAGAUGUAUUUCAAUGAAAAAGAUGAUAAAUUCCACUCUGGAAGUGAAGAGAGAAUUCGAGUCACAUUUGAACGGGUUGAACAAAUGUGCAUUCAGAUAAAAGAAGUUGGUGAUCGAGUCAACUACAUCAAACGGUCAUUGAACUCUUUAGAUUCUCAGAUUGGCCACCUACAAGAUCUCUCUGCUCUCACUGUGGAUACUCUAAAAACACUAACUGCACAAAAAGCUUCAGAAGCUAGCAAAGUCCAUAAUGAAAUUACCCGGGAGUUAAGCAUUUCAAAACAUUUGACACAAAACCUUAUUGAUGAUGGUUCUCUGAGAUCUUCAGUAUGGAAAAAACACAACAUUGGAAAUGCGUUUGGUGGUUCUUUUCCACAAGGAGACCUCGAGAGUAGUAAUGCUUUAUUAUGUAACAUUUCUAUGCACAGUGAAAGAGAUAUUCAACAUAAGACAAUUGGUCAGGAUUUAGCUUCAGUUGGCAGGAGGGAAGAACUAAGCUUUCAAGAGGCAGGUUCUUCAGGCAGUGCCUUUUUUCCAAGUGCUGUUUCUCCUCAGGAACUUCGACAAAGAUUACAGGGUUCAGAGAUCUCAAAAUCCAUUAAUAAAAAUAAAAAAUUAGGCAAUUCAUCGAACAGCAUGCCACGACUAACAUCCCCAACAGCUAAAUUGUUUGUUAGCACUCCAUCUCAGCCGAGUUGCAGAAGUCAGUUGGAAUCUACAGCAAACAAUGAAGCAGCAAUUUUGUCUAAGGCUACAGAAGGAGAUAGUAACGUAGAAUUUGGUGCAUUUGUGGGUCACAGAGACAGCAUGGAGUUACAACAAUUUAAGGAGUCAGCGAUUAAAAUUAAAGAAAAAAAUGCUAAUAUGGAGGAGCAACAAGAGGACUUUAAGAAAGCUAUUCUGGAGGGCAUGGAGUUGACCAAACAUGAGACUGGUCUUCAAGCUGAUGGCAACCUAAGACAGGUUAACUCUUGUGAUGGAUUUACAGAAUAUCACAAAAACUCUUUGGCAGUUCAUUCAGAACAAUUUCACAACAAAAGUAGAAGAGCAUCAGCUGAAGAUACUCAGCAAGUAGACUCUAAGGCUGCAUUGCUUACGGAUUGGUUACAAGGUAGACCUUCAAGUAGCAAUCAAAUGCCUUCUGAAGAAGAUACCUUGAAUGGUAUUGCUUCUCCUUUCAAACCGAGCAUGGACACCACUUACUACUACUCAGCUGUGGAAAGGAAUAACUUGAUGAGAUUAUCACAGAGCAUUCCAUUCACUCCUGUGCCUCCAAGAGGUGAGCCAGUCACUGUGUAUCGCCUUGAAGAAAGUUCUCCCAACAUCUUGAACAACAGCAUGUCUUCCUGGUCACAGCUAGGACUCUGUGCUAAAAUUGAAUUUUUAAGUAAAGAGGAGAUGGGAGGUGGAUUACGUCGAGCCGUUAAAGUAGCAUGCACGUGGUCAGAAUAUGAUAUCCUGAAAUCAGGACAUCUUUAUAUCAUCAAAUCUUUUCUUCCUGAAGUUGUGAAUACUUGGUCAAGCAUUUACAACGAGGAGACAGUGUUGCACCUCUGUUUGAGAGAAAUUCAACAGCAGAGGGCAGCACAGAAGCUCACGUUUGCUUUCAAUCAAAUGAAGCCUAAAUCCAUUCCAUAUUCUCCAAGGUUCCUGGAAGUUUUCCUGUUAUAUUGCCACUCAGCUGGACAGUGGUUUGCAGUUGAGGAGUGCAUGACUGGAGAAUUUAGAAAAUACAACAAUAACAACGGUGAUGAAAUAAUUCCAACUAACAUGCUAGAAGAGGUCAUGCUAGCAUUCAGCCACUGGACUUAUGAAUAUACAAGAGGAGAGUUGCUGGUACUUGACCUGCAAGGUGUAGGUGAAAAUUUGACAGAUCCGUCUGUGAUAAAAGCUGGAGAAAAAAGGUCUUAUGAUAUGGUGUUUGGUCCUGCCAACUUAGGAGAAGAUGCAAUCAAAAACUUCAGAGCUAAGCACCAUUGCAAUUCUUGCUGCAGGAAACUUAAACUUCCUGAAAACUACGAUCCCUGGUGAGGAAAUCUUAUCUGCACAGUUCACAUAAGGAUCAUUCUAAAAAUAAGAAAAUAGAUUGCAACAGGGUUGUAAAACUUCCUCCUGCCUCUCCACCCCCAAUAUAGUGAUGUGAGGUGCUUUGUGCCAACCACUACACUGCAUGGCAGUCCAAACUCUGAGUUCAAAUCCUGCCCAUCCUGCAAUGGACUGAUCCCCAUAAAGAAUGGGCACAGCCAAUGCUCCUCCUAUCUAGGAGGGAGCCAUAUCCUGGAUAAGUGCUUUGUGUUUAAGUUUUUCUCUGCCAGUACGCAAAAGUUCAGGUAUGUUAGGCUCAAAGUACAUCUACUGUAGUGAUCCAUGUGGAUCACUUCACACCCAAAGGUGAUAGUUAUGACUAGAGCAAGACCAGAUAAAUGAGUAUUGACCAGUAAUCCCUCAAGCUCCAGAAUCAGGCAGUGGAAAGAAGGUGAUGAGUACAUGAGCAGAGUCAGCACCAUCAAUGCUGACCACCUUAACAUCAGCAAAGUCACCAGUGCACAAGAUCUUGGUGUCAGUAAUCUCGGCACCAGCCCCUUCAAUGUCAGCAGUUCAGCACUGAUUACCUUGGCACCAUAGACCUGAUGCAAAUAACUCCAGCUCCUGUACAGACUCACCUACCCACAGACGACAAAGCCAGCAUUUGCACCACCCCAUAAAGAGGACACCAAUUUAUAUAGUCAGUCCAAACAUAAGCAUAGGUCCAAGACUGCAGGUAGCUCCUGGAGGACGGAUUUGAGACAUCACUCCUCAAAACACAAAGCCCCUUGGCAUUUGGGCAGAACAAUAGUCUCAUUACUGACUGAGCUGAGCAAGAAACUCAGAUAUGUUGUAGAACCAUCCAUAUCACCCCUAGCAACAUUGCCAUUACCAAAAAGGUGGAUUGAUAUCAGCCCUUCCACAAGGAGAUACUUUGCUCCUCCCUAUCACUAAAAUACUACUUGUUGCUAGCAUUGAGUAUCAGUGUGGGAGUGUCACCGGGCUUGCCAGCCUCAACCAGGUUAAUACACAUAUGGCAUGCUACUAUGGCCAUAUUGACCUUACUGGGGACCAUCCUCCCAUCUGUUGAGUAGCAGGUCAUCCUCCCACAUGUCUAGAAAAAAAUUGUGCAGCUUCACUGGCAAGACCACUUGUACUGAACUGGAUGUGGGCCAACAGGAACAGGAGUCAAUAGAGGGACAACUCCAGUCUCUUCCCAGGGAAUCCUUCUCAUCACUGGAGGAGACUGAACAAAUAUAUAUAUUUCCUUAAAUUCAGGAUGGUAAUGCUUGCCUCCAUCAUUCCAUAUCUGCAAGCUCAAGAUUGGCUUGUGGCUCUCAAGAUUCAUAUUUCCACACAGCCAUCCAUCUGGCCGACAGAGAGUAUCUAGGAUUCAUAGUGGGACCCAGCUAUUGCCAGUACAAGAUACUGACAUCUGGACUUUCCAUGGCACAAAGAAUCUUCACAAAAUGCCUAGAGUUGGUAGCAGAACACUUAUUUUAUUUUAUUUUAUUUUUUAAGGCAUUCAUUUUUAUCAUUACCUGGACAAUUCGUUCAUCAGGGCAGAUCCCAGCAGGAGGCUGCAAAUUUCACCCUUUCCCUGUUCACCCAAUUAGGCUUCCUAGUGAACUACAAAAAAUAGUGUCUCAUCCCAUCACAGAUGAUAGAGUUCGGAGCCCUGAUUGACUCCCAUUCAGCAAGAGUGUUCUUCCCAAAGACAGGUUCCUGUUGAUGCAGUUGCUAGUGUGUGAGAUAGACUUGAGCCUAACUAUGAUGGUAUGGAUGUGUCUGGAGCUGCGAGGCCAUAUGUUGGUGUGCACAUAUGUGACACUUCUUGCCAGAUUUUACCUGCAACCGUUCCAAUUCAGUUUGUUCUCCAACAAGAUACCAGAUGAACAAGAAAGUGGUGGUCCCACCUCAUGUCACAGUACUGAGCUGGUGAAAGAAACCUGGAAAUGUGUGUGGAGGGGUACUGUUCUCUAGCCCCUCCAUAACAAAGACCUUAAUAACAGACACAUCAGGAACAGGCUGGGGAGUCCACCUGGAUCACUUGCAAAUGCAAGAGAUUUAGGCCCCAGAGGAUAUGGGGCUUCACAUCUAUGCCCUGGAACUCAGAGCCAUCAGUCUAGUCUGUGUGGCCUUCAAAACUCUUCAGUGCAGAUCCUGACAAACACCUCCACAAUGCACUACAUGAACAGGCAAAGAAGUGCACGUGCAUCUACCCUCUGCCUAGAAGCCAUCGAACUAAUGGACGUUGUGCCACGAACGUGGAAUAACCCUGAUUGUCCUUCACCUCCAGAAUGUCAUCAACAACCUUAGCAGAUUUCCUGAGCAAACAGUCACCACUCAUGAGGGGUCGUUGCAGAAAUCCAUCAUAAAACUAAUAUUUCUACAUUGGAGGAUAUUGGUAAUAGAUCUGUUGAUCACCAAUAUCAGUACCAAGUGCAAGAGCUUUUGAUCCAGAGCAGUUCUGAAUCUAGGUUGUUACUGGUGCCUGCCUUCUUCCAGUGGGCUCAAGGCCUUCUGUGUACCUUUUCACAAAUUUCUCAGGGUGAUUUCCAAAAUCAAAGGAGAUAGAAUCAUGAUCAUUCUUGUAGCUGUGUAUUGGCCGAGACAGUUUUGGUUGACAGACCUACUACAAAUGUGCACCCAGCCUCCAACCCAACUCCCAGACUAUCCAGACCUGAUCUCACAAUACCAUAGUCAGAUACUCUAUCCAGACAUGAAGUUGCUGCACCUAUGUGGCUAUUUGGGUGGCUGAGUAACAUGGACAUAGAUAGCUUGCUCCCUGCAGGUCCAGGAAAUCUUAGUACAGAGCAGGAAUACAUCUUCCAGAAGAAUGUAUUAAUCUAAAUGCAAGCAGUUCUUGAAAAGAGUAUCCCAACAUGGUCUGGAUCUGAUCCAGGCCUAGAUACCACAUAUUCUCAACUGCCUAUUUCAGCUCUCUUAAGGUCUGCCUCACAACAGCCUCAGCUUGCCAUCUGCCUUUACAGUCAUGUUCAGUCUUUGCUCCCCACAAUAUCAGUUUCUCAAAGGACUAUUGCAUGUUUACCCGCCAGUCAGAGAACCUACUGCUGCCAGGGACCUCAGUCUGGUCCUCCUGAAACUAAUGGAACCUCCGUUCAAACUUGUGUUCGACUGCUCUCAGCAUCACUUACACUGAAGACAGGCUUUCUAGUGACUAUUACUUCAGCCAAGAGAGUGAGUUUCAGGCACCUAUGGCUGAGCCUCCCUAUAUUAAAUUCAGUAGGAACAUGGUGGACCUCACCUAUAGUUCAUUUGGAAGAUAAUGUCAGAAUUUCAUCUAAACCAAGUGGAUUAGCUUGCCUGUCUUCAUGAAGUCACACUCUGGACUGAAGAAAAGAAAUUACAGACUAGAUGUAUCCAAGACUUUGAAUGAUUUGGUGCUAUCAAUGUAAUAAAGCAGACUGUUUCACUGUCUAUUUUAUAGCCAUGGCUGGGCAUUCCUAAAGGUGAAGCCAUUUCUCAGAAGACAUUGAAAUGGGUAAUGCAAUAUAUUUUGUUGUGUUAAUAAUUGGCAAGGCUCACUCCACUAGAACUCAGGAAACAUCCUCUGCCUCCCUCAGAAAUGUGUCACAUUCUUGAGAUCAGCAAGGUAGUGGUGUUGUGGAGUAGCCAACUGAACUCUGUCAAGCAUUAUUCAUUAGAUUUAGCUGCCAGAUCUGAUGUUAAUUUGAGAUAGUAGUCCUACAGUCAUCAUUCAGCUGAUGCAGCUGAAACUUCUCAUUCCCACCAUUCUGAAGAGAUGCUGCUUGUUGGUCUCCUACACUGACACAUACUCAAAGAAUCAGCAUGGAUUCCGUGACCUGCCCGUCAUCUAUGCUUUUUGCAGUCCCCUGGUACCCCAGGCUUUGAAUUAUGAGAGAACUGAGGCAGGGUCAUGGCUGACCCAUCCUUUUUGCCCUU